AUGGCAUUUUGCUCACACCUGAGUGGCGAGAGCGUGCUCUUCGAGGCGCACAAGAGCCCACCCAGGUGGAAGAGAUGGGAAGUGGGACGCUCCUGGGACAGCUGCAGGCUUGAGCAUCUGUGUCCUCGGGUUGCUUGUGGGGAGCUGUCACUUGUCUGUGGGGAUACAGAAUUGUUGCCAUGUCUCCUGCAGGACAGCAGUGCUGGUCGCCUCUCAUUCUGUACCAAGGUGUGCUAUGGCUUUGGGGGCGUCCCCAACCAGGUGGCCUCCAGUGCCAUAUCCUUUUACCUGCAGCUCUUCCUGCUCGAUGUGGCCCAGAUCCCCGCUGCGCAGGUGUCCCUUGUCCUGUUUGGAGGCAAGGUGUCCGGGGCAGUUGCCGACCCUGUGGCUGGGUUCUUCAUCAACAGAAGUAGGAGGACAGGGUCCGGACAGCUCAUGCCCUGGAUACUGGGCUGCACACCCUUUCUCAGCCUGGCCUACUUCUUCCUGUGGUUCCUGCCUCCCUUCGCCAGCCUGCGAGGACUUUGGUACACCACGUUCUACUGCCUCUUCCAGGCCCUGGCCACGUUCUUCCAGGUGCCCUACACAGCACUCACCAUGCUGCUCACCCCGAGCCCCAGGGAACGAGACUCUGCCACCGCGUAUCGGAUGACAAUGGAAAUGGCAGGGACGCUGAUGGGAGCCACCGUCCAUGGGCUGGUUGUGUCUGGUGCCCACGGGUUCAACCACUGUGAGCUCCCUGGGCCUGCUGCUGUCUCCCCAGACGCCACUCGCCUCUACUCCAUCGCGGCCGCUGUGGUUGCUGUGACUUACCCCGCGUGCAUCACUCUGCUCUGCCUGGGCGUCAAGGAGCAGCCAGACCCCGUUGACCCAGCCUCGGGCCAAGGCCUCGGCUUUUUUGCCGGCCUGGGCCUGACAACCAGACACCCACCCUAUGUGAAGCUGGUGGUCUCCUUCCUGUUCAUCUCAGCUGCAGUGCAGGUGGAGCAGAGCUACCUGGUCCUCUUCUGUACACACGCUGCCCAGCUACAAGACCACGUCCAGAGCCUGGUGCUAACCAUCCUGGUCUCGGCUGUGCUGAGCACCCCACUGUGGGAGUGGGUUCUCCAGCGAUUUGGGAAGAGGAUGUCGGCCCUUGGCAUCUGUGUGAUGGUGCCUUUCGCGGUCUUGCUGGCUGCUCUGCCCACAGCGCCCGUGGCAUAUGUUGUGGCCUUUGUCUCUGGCGUGAGCAUUGCUGUGUCCUUGCUGCUCCCCUGGUCCAUGCUGCCAGAUGUGGUGGACGACUUCCAGCUGCAGCACCGACACGGCCCAGGCCUGGAGACCAUCUUCUACUCAUCCUACGUCUUCUUCACCAAGCUCUCGAGCGCGUGUGCCCUGGGCAUCUCCACCCUCAGUCUAGAGUUUGCAGGGUACAAGGUGGGAGCGUGCAAACAGGCAGCCGAGGUGGUGGUCACCCUCAAGGUCCUCAUCGGCGCCGUGCCCACCUGCCUGAUCCUCACGGGUCUGUGCAUCCUCAUGGCCAGCCCCACGCCCCAGGUGCCAGGCCAGGACAGCUCCCAGCGGCACAGCCUCCGGAGGAAGAGUAGCCUCAGCCUUGCUUCAAAUUCAAGAGGACUGCUGUGAGCAGAACCGUAGGAGCAGGUCUCCUGGGCCUCAGUCUCUGUCCUCGGCGCUUGGUGCCUCCCUGCAGUUUAGCAGAAGGCGCUGCCCUCUCAGGUCGGCGUCUCCAGUGACGACUCCUAUGGGACGGCCUGGGCUCCAGGACGCCCACCUGCCAUCUGCCCGCGGCUCACAGAGCAUCUCAGGCCUGUGACCCUCACCACACCAGCUUCCAGCAAGCUUUGAGCCACAAGGCACCCCAGGGGCAGUGUUCCUGCCAACAAGAAGCCCGGGCCUAGCCUUGAGACUCCCGUAGGGAGGGACACGCGCACGCAGUCCCCUGGUCCCGAAGCUCCAGCAGACAUCUGCUGAACACUAGAGAGGCUGAGAUGCCACGAGGGGAGGCAAAGCGGAGACAGACGACGUGCUACAGACACACAAGGGGAUACAGAGACCUGCCCAGGAGAAAGGAGAGGACGGUGAGCGAGCCACGAGGAACAGGAGGUUCCCAGCCUUCUGCUCUGUCACAUGAGCCCACGGCACUGCUGCUACACCGAGCCCCGGAGGUCAAGUGUUUCUCUAACACAGGUGCUCCACGCAGCAGUUUUUCCAAAACCCUAUCUUAUUAAAGCACAGGCACUGGAGUUUUCUCAAGGCCAUGUCUUUGGGGAAAAGACCUACUAAGGGUUGUUGUUUACAACACAAAGGGAAAAAAAACAAAAGGUUUACCUCAUAGAGUCUGCGGGAUGUGACUGGACAGCCUUCUCAGACCACCCCUGGAAUCUGCCGAGGAGGAGGGAGGUGUCCAGUGUCACUGAAACUGGCCGCUGCCCCAGCCACAUAUCCCUUGCUGCAUUUCCUGAGACCAGGGUCCCCAUAUGGGAGCUGGCUUCCUCCUUUCCUUCACAAAGACACAAAGCUGAGACUGUAGAGGGGGCCAGGGCCCAGGCAGUGGCUUAUAGUGGCCUGGGCCUGGGAUGAGCUGGGAGCUCAGGACGGGGUCAGAGGAGCUGUGUGGCCAAAAGCCCGAAAGUAACUGCUCAGCACAAUAAACAUUUGCUGAGUGGACAAGAGAAUGUAUCACCCACCUGCUAAACAGGAGCAGCUUUAGUGGUCCCUCAGCUUUCCCCUCAGUGUCUGCCAUGCUGGUCUUACCUGCCCUGCCAUCCCUGUCUCCUCGGCCUCACAACCUGCUCUGUGCCCAGGGAACUUGGCUCCUGGCCUCCACAGCUGGGGUGAAGCAAGCCCAACUGGAGGAGGCCAGCUAGGGUGAGGAGCCAGGACUUUGUAGACUGCUUCCAUCCUUUGUUGUUGUUGAUACUCUUUUUGGGAAAAGGUUUCACCGUGCAGUUCAGGCUGGCCUCACUCACAGCAAUCCUCCUGCCUCAGCCUCCCAAGUGCUGGGAUCACAGGCAUGUGCCACUAUGCCCGGCUUGCUUCUAUCUUUUGCCAUACAUGAUUGGUUGGCUUGUUUAAUAAACUGGAGCCUCUGAUUCUU